AUGGUGUCCCCAGCGCUGAAGACGAUCGCCUACCGGGGCUUGCUCCCGGCAGCCCUGGUCAUCGCCGCCUUCAUUCGGCCGUCAUUUUUGUCGCUGAUCUACCUCAUUUUGGCUCUCGUGGGCCCGAUAUUGCCUUCGACUACGGGUGGAACGCCUUUAAAUGCUCCGGCAAAAAUUUACGCGUACCUCGCCUUCUUGAUCUCAACACUUGCUGCUUUUGCACAAAUCGCAUUUCAGAUUUACAUUGGAGCCCAGGACGGCCAACAGAGCACUAGCGACUGCGAUGACGAGCUUUAUCGCUGGCUACGACAAGCUGGCUUUAUUCGGCAUUUCAGCAACAUGGGCUUCGACACCAUCCGCGGCUACAUGCCAGAGGUCAUUGCAUUUGCUUUUGCAUUCCUGAACCUGAUCGUGGUGCAAUGUAUGGGACACAGUAUAUUUGUUGAGCACCCCGCUAGCGUACACGUUGUGAGAAGCGGUAGCAGCCACCUCACGCAAAAGAGCAACAUCGAAGCGUUCUCCCGGGCACUGCUCAUCGCCCUGAAGCGCCUUUCGAAUGCCGUCCUUUUUGUUCUGGUUGCUUUUGCGGGUUGCAUCCAGCCUUCUCUGCUGAACAGCGUCUACUUCCUCACGUUUAUGGCAAUGGCAUCCUGGUGGUCGACAUACAAGGGCAUCAAGCACUCUGUGUACAACCGCGUCAAAAUUGGACUUUUAAUGUACAGCGCGGCGCACCUCAUCAUCGUCUACACCUACCAGAUUCCGGAAGUAUCCAAAUUGCUCCCCGAAGAGGAUACAGCGGCAAGACUCAUCGGCCUCUCCUCGGUGCUAAAGACCGAUUGCGAAGACUCGAUGCACGUCUACGUCAACGACAAAAUCACGUGGAAUGUUGCUUUGAAUCCGUUGGUGAUUAUCGUUUUCUACCUCCUGCUCGUGAUCCAGCUCUGCUGGACGAGGAACGGGACGCGCCACUAUUUGGACGAUGACGACACCGGCUCUUCGAUUCACGAAGAGCACCCGCUUGUCGUCGAACGCGGCACGGAGACGACGCUCGUCGGCUCAUCAUCGAGCAGCACAUCACCAGCUAACCCGGGCCCGUCGAACGCCUCGCCCCCGAGGCUGCUCGACACGGAGGAACGCGUGGGUCCGCAAGAACAUGUGCCGAUGCGCAAGAUCACCAGCCAGAUCAUCGACAAGCAGAAGAUUUCGCACAUUUUUAAUUCCCCCGGCGAACGUCAAGGCACCGCUUCGCAGGGCCUGAUCACCGCCAUCGGCUUCUUCGUCGAGCACUCCUACGUCUUUGGACUCAUGGCGAUGAUGGUAUGGGCCCUGCUGUACCACUCGACGUUCGGGCUGACGCUGCUCGCCUGGGCUUGCAUCAUCUGGAUGUUCCGCGACACGAGAAACGUCUCGUUCACGUGCUCGCCCUUUAUCUUGGCGUACGUCGAGUUCCUGCUCGUCGUCCAAUACAUCUGGAGCAUGGACCUGCCCGUGUUGCCGACCGUCAACGUCGAGGGCGGCACCGCUGACGUGUUGGCCAUGAUCGGCUUUAUCAAAUACACCGGAUCGGACGUAUUUAUCGUCACUUUUGUAAAGGUGAUUCUCAGUCUCCCGAUCUUCUUGCUCCACCGCCUCAAGCGUCGGGACGUCUACUACAGCCGACUGACCGAGCACGAGAAGCAGCGCCGUCUGAAUUACGGUACCUUUGGCAGUCAUCGGCCGUCGGUGAGCGCGAGUGCACAGACCCAGCACUCCUCCCGCUCAGCGGUUGCCGUCAAUUGGCUCAGCCGCCUGCUCACCGUCUACUGGAUCGUGCUCGUUGCCGUUGUCCUCCUCCUCCAGGCCCUCACCGACCGUUCCAGCUUCAUCAACAUCGGCUUCUUCGUGCUCUGGACCCUCGGCGUGCUCCAGUUCAAGCUUUCGUUCCGUUUCUUCCGCGGGACCGCGUACGCCUAUUGGUCGCUGCUCGUCCUCUACACGUCCCUCGUGAUCAUCGCCAUCUAUGUGUGGCAGUUCAAGAAUUUCCCUGAACUAAUCGGUUGGUCGGACAGCUGGACCCGCGACAUUGGCCUCAUCCACUACGCCCAUGAUCAGACAAACAAAUCGCUCUUUGUCCGUCUACUCGUGCCCAUCUCGCUGUUUGUGGUGACGAUGCUGCAGCUCAAGUUCUUCCACGACCCCUGGGCCGAUGCCGUGCAGCCCGUGCGCGCAGAUGCAGGCGGUGAACCACAGGCCGGCGCUUCAGCGCAACCACCCGUCUCCCUAUCGACGCGAUUGUCCCGGAUAGCCGAAGUCGUCAUUGAGCUGCUAUGGCGGGCCGUCGAGGUGCACAUUGCCAAGAUCGUCUUCCUCAUCAUCAUCUACAUAGCCAGCAAAAACAUCUGCGCGAUGUACGUGCCGGUGGUAAUCCUGGUUGCCGUCGGCCUCCUCCUACCACGCGGAGCCUCUGGACUGCUCGGCCUCUUCCUCACCACCUACCUCGCCCUGGCCGCCGUGGCCAAGAUGGUCUUCCAGCUAAACUUCAUCGACGCCACGUGGUUCGGCAACGGCACCGAGUGCAACGCCUCCGACCCGCAGCCGACCCCCUUUGAAUGGUUCGGCUUCAAGAAGCACGAGGACACGGGCUCAAUGUUUGCCGAGCUUGGCGGCCUCGUCGUCUCCAUCGUUGCCCUGACCGCCCAGUCCGUGGUCAUCUACCGACAGCGGGCCCGCCGGAUCAGGUUCUCCGAGCCACCGGCAAAUCGGCACCGCAUCUUCCCCGAGCUCGACCCGAUCACGUACGACCACAACGUGUGGAAUUGCCUCAAGUUCUUUGCCGACUUCGGCUUCUACAAGUUUGGGCUGGAGUGCUGUCUGGUGAUGAUCGCCAUCAACGCCUGGGUGCGCAUGGAUAUGCUCGGCGCGCUCGCGACGGUUUGGCUCGCGGUUUUCGCUCUAUCGAAACGGCCGCUUGUCAGAUGGAUUUGGCCGCUCUUCCUGCUCUAUCUGGUGGUGAUCCUACCGCUUCAAUAUGCCGUCUACGUCGGAUUCCCGCCCAGCCUUUGCAUACCCUAUCCAUGGUCGAUGCUGUUCGAAAACGCUAUCAAGUCGAGGAACCUGCUGAUUUGGCUCGGAUUGGCCGAUUACGACAUCCACUGGACGUCUGCCAACAUUUUUGCCGAUUUCUUCCUGCUGCUCUUCGUCUCUUGCCAGGCCGCCGUUUUCCGCACCGAAACCGCUGAACACCCGGCCGGCGACAACGAGUCCAUCUACAAGGACGGCGUCUACAGCUUCAAGCCCAAUCCCCGUGCCGACUUUGUCACCACGCAACGCUCCUUUGUCGACUACUUCAAGAAGUUCAUCUUCCUGUACGCGCAGUGGCUGACCCUGGUGGCGGUGAUGGUUGCGGGACUGGGAGGUACCUCCCUGUUCGCGCUCGGCUAUUUGUGCCUGGCUUUCUGGAUCCUGUGGUCUGGAAAUGCUCUAUUCAUCAUGCGGGAUCACAACAAGACCAUUCGGAAAUUUAUGGUCGUGCUCGGUUACACGGUCUUCUCCAUGUUCUGCAAGGUCUCCCUGCAGGUGUUGGGUUGCGUGUUCCUCGAGAACUUGUUCUACGUGUCCGGCCCGUUCAACUGCAUCAUCCGCCAAAUCUUCUCGGUCACCUGCGUGAACACGCUGGCCACCCAGGACAUCUCCUUGCUCUUCACCGAGGCUGUCAACUUCGACAAGAACUGCCCGGUAUCGGCGGCGGAGACGCGCAUCGGCUUCGACACGUUGGCGCUGGCCUUCCUCGUCUUCCAGAUGCGCAUCUUCCACUCAUGGUACUUCCAGCAUGCCAUGUGCGACUUCCGCGCCGAGAUCGUGCUGGCUAAUCGUGGUGCUGUCCUGGCGAACCAGCUGAUCGAAAAGGAGAUGAAGGAGCAGAAGCUGCAACAAGACCAAAAGGUCUCCGAGAUCAAGCAACGCACGGCGGCCAUCCGGGAGCAGUACAAACGACAGCAAGAACGGGGUCGCACCUUCGAGCCAAAGACUUACGGACAAGCGAAACGCGCUGGCGACUACUACAUGUUCGAGUAUGACCCGGAGGCCGACGAGCUCAUCCGCCCCAUCGACUCGUUUGUGCCCGAGGUCGACCCGGAAGGCUCGGAGUUUCGGCGGCUUGAUCCGACGCAGCUCGUCCACACGGCCAUCAACAAGGACCUCGACAUGGUCCGGUCGAUGCGCCAGGUGGAGAAGGCGGAACUGAUCAAGGACGACGAGCAGCGCAUGAUCGCGGCGGUCAGCGAAGAUGAGCAACCGGCCCCCGUCGUUGUCGAGUCGGGCGACGCCGAUUCCCAGGAGCCCGCAGAGCAGCCCCCAAAGCAGGAUGAAUCGUUCAUCUACGCCGGCUUGCGCUUCGUGUUCAAGGUCGUCUACAACUCGGUGGAGUGGAUGGCCGUGUUCCUCAACCGGCGUUCCCGCGAGCACCGCUACGUCGCCUACGUGCUGGGCAAGGAAAAGCAGGAGCUGAAGAGCAAGUUCGGCCAAACACUGUGCGAUUCGUCUAAAAAUAUGGGCGAGCUGCGAGACCUUGUGCCAGUUGGUGCCCUGCACGUCGUGCGCUCCGAGACCGAUAUUGAAAGGCUUGAAAACGAGGCGCUUCUCGACUGGCAGCGCCGCAACGUCAUUGCCCGCUUCUUCAACGCGUUCGGCGACUGCGUCAACGCGCACACGGAUGUGAUCUGCUACGUACUGGCGAUCCUCGCACAUGCUGCAUGUGCCGGCCUCAUCACAAUGCCUUUGCCGCUGCUCGUCUUCUUCUGGGGCACCCUCUCCAACCCGCGGCCCAGCAAAAUGUUCUGGAUCGUGUUGAUUGCGUACACCGAGUUGAUCAUCAUCAUCAAGUUCAUCUUCCAAUUCCGCUUCUUCGAUUUCAACACGGAAGCGGCCGAGACGCUGAAUGGAAAGGAUUUUUAUGCUUGGAAUAAGAUCCUCGGCUUGCAAAAGAAGGACUACUACGCGUUCUUUGACGUUUUCCUGCUCAUCUUCCUGUUCUACCAUCGUUACAACCUCCGUCGCCUUGGGCUCUGGAAAGAUGCGAAUGUGAGUGACACCUUCUCCGGCAACACCACCGCCUACAUCGACCCGCAGGAAAUCCAGAGCGCGAUGCUACGGGGCGAGUCGGUCCCAAUCAAGUUCACUUUUGACAAGUACCUUGAGAAUUCGGUCGACAACCGAAAUGGCGAGAACACGGACAACACCGAGCAGGAAGAAUCGGCGGAUCAAACGACCUCCACGAACCCGUUUGCGCGCUUCUUCGCCCAGCUGUUCCAUCCGAAGUUCUUCUACAUCCGCGACCUGUACCCGUUCAUGUUCGCGCUCGACAUUGUCUGCUUCUUUGUGAUCACGUUCGGCUACUCGUCCUUCGGCGAGGGCGGCUCGGGCAAUGUCGUCUCGGACAUUCAAUCCAACCGUAUUCCGCUCACUUUUGUGAUUAUGCUCAUCUCGCUGACCCUGAUGAUCGUCAUCGACCGCGGGCUUUACCUGAGAAAGGCUGUCUACUGUAAGGUCGUCUACCAACUGGUCACCAUCAUCUUCAUGCAUGUAUGGAUUUUCCUGGUGCUCCCGUCCAUCACCAAGACAAGCGCCGCCUCGAACACGAUGGCCUCGUUCCUCUACUUUGUCAAGUGCAUCUACCUGCUCGUGUCGGCCUGGCAGAUCCGCAACGGCUACCCGGCACUUUGCAUCGGAAACCUUCUGACGCACGCUUAUGGACUGACCAACAUGGUCUUCUUCAAGAUCUUCAUGGCGGUGCCGUUCCUGUUCGAGCUGCGCACUGCCAUCGAUUGGACCUGGACGGACACGUCGAUGCCGCUGUUCGACUUUUUCAACAUGGAAAACUUCUACUCGACCAUCUACAACCUGAAAUGCGGCCGGCAGUUUGAGCAGAGCUACCCAGCACCACGCGGAGAAGCAAAGGGCUCGUUGAUCAAAUACCUUAUGGGCAUCCCGAUGAUUUUGUUCAUCGUCAUUAUCAUCUGGUGUCCCCUCAUCGCCUUCUCGCUGCUGAACAGGCUCGGCACGGUGUUAACCCCGAAUACGGCACAGAUGACGAUCUCCGUCGAGGGUUAUCCGCCCCUCUACUCCAUCCAAGCCCAAGGCAACGAACUGCGCCCAUUGACGUUCACGGAGCUGGACGGCUUGAAGACGUCCUUCUCCAAGGCCUUCCUCCCCGGCAACGAUUCCUCGGUGCAGAAGAGUCGCAGCGCCGUCUCCUUCCUCGACGACUACUCGCCCGCUGACACCCUGAAAGUGCUGUUCCGCCCCGAGUCCGAGCAACUGUGGGACAUCUCCAAGGAGUCUCUCGAAGCAAUGCGAUUUGCCCUCCAAAAUCAGACCAACGACAUGGAGAUACAGGUUCGCGUCUCGUUCACCAGACCUCGGCAGGACAGCAGCAAGGAGCCGGUGACGCAUACAAGCGAAUUCUCCUACAAAAUGCCGAACAACUCGGUCACGAGGCAACAGCUCGUCGCGGCACUAAUGUCCUCUGGCGGAGAGGUUAUUGUCCCGAACGCCAUCCCCGUCUACCUGAUCGUCCCCAACGAGGGAGAGGUGACGCCCAGCUCGGUGCAACUCGAAGUGCUCGCCCAGUAUUUGCCCGACACCGCCACCGUCCACAAGACGUACGCGAACAUCUCCCUGAAAAUGGAGAAGCGCGACGGCGGCGGAUUCCUGUGGACGGCGCACAUGAUCAACCCAUCGUUCAACACCACUGGCAUCAACUCGUCGCAGCUGAUCUUGCCCGCCGAGAAGGUGCACUACCGGCCGGGCAACGAAGACUACGUGCAGCUCGUCUCGUUCGUCGAUAGGACGUUCCCGUCCUUCUUCGCCAAAUACGUCCAGGGCGGUGUCAUCGCCAUGUACCUGGCGUUGGUGAUCGUUGUGGGCAAGGUGCUGCGCGGUCUCUUCACCAACCAGCCCCUCGACGUCAUCAUCAGCGAGAUCCCGAACCCGGACCAUCUGCUCAAGAUCUGCCUCGACAUCUACCUGGUGCGCGAGGCCAAGGAUUUCGUCCUAGAACAGGACCUGUUCGCCAAGCUGAUCUUCCUAUUCCGCUCUCCGGCCACGCUGAUCAAGUGGACGCGGUACAAGAUCAAGGACGAA